AUGAACAAUGACUCUUUCGAACAGCUUAAUACCCUGAUCGGACGGUUACGGAUGAGAAGAUGUGGUUCUACGCUAGCUUGGGCUUAUCCUCGUUUUCCCGCUCCAACAUCAAGCUACAAAGAAGGAGAAGCCGAAGCUUCCUAUAUGGGCCCAAAGAAGUUCUACAGAGAAGCUACAGUUCUACAGAGUACUAUAUCUUCUGCAUGGUCAUUGCUGGCGGUUUUAACGCCAAGAUUGGCACCAGAAGAACGCCUGAAGAACUUUACAGAAGGACCCACGGCCUCUAAUCUAACUUCACAGAAGGACCCGAAAAGGGGAGAGGCUCUCUGA